GGACGACGGCUGAGUGUUGCCUUGAGCGUGUCUCAAGUCUCCCUCCUGGCCGCACGCCCCCUUCUUCCCUCUCUUUUUGCUGACCAUCUCCGCACGCAAUCCUGGUGUCGGACGGGACCACUCCCAUGAGUCUCCGCGUCUUCUUCUGCGUGUGGGUAUUCCGUUCGUGGCCAUUCUGUCGCAUCGCAAAACACGUUGCCGACCUGCUGCCUGGAACUGUGGGUGCCCAAAGCCUCAUCUGUCGGCCAAAGAGCGUCCGUCUCCACCGGCAAAGACUCACCUGCAAGUGGAACGCUCCGUCAAUAAUCUCCCUUUGCGACAUCGCACUUAUCGCUCAGCCUAAACACGUGCGCAGAUCCUGAAUCAGCCGGGUGAAGUCGGCUGCGCUGAUGCGAGUCGGUACGUACCAACGUCUCGCGGCUCCACAACCACCACUACGAUUCUGCAGUCCUGCUAAGGAAAGCCAUCGUUUUCUUUUCAAGCUCCGUUCUGAAAUUUUUUCCUUUCUUCUCCCACUACUCCUCCUCCUACUCCUCGUCGCCGCCGCUAGUCAUUUCAGGUCACAUCGUUUCGGUACCGAGCUGCCGUAAGCCCAGCGUGUGGAGAUGCGAGGAGAUAAGACCAUCACCUCUCUCCAUCCAUUGCCCGAGGGUACUCCGACCAAGCAAAAUCUUAGAUUGCUAUGGGGCAAUUCUGGCUGGUCAGCGAUAGACAUGUGAUAAUUGUUUUGCCCCUCCCUCCAUGUCCCCUUCUUUCCCUUCCAUUCCUAAAGACAGCUCGUCUCCGAUGUCUUCUUUUGUGACGUGACUCCUCUUGGUUCCGAUGGGUCUUUGUUGGGAUGCAAAACCAGGAAGGCGACGGAAAGGGGACAAGGAAGAACGCUAAAAUUCUCCGACACCAGGUUUGGCAUGUUUCCGGCCGCAGCUGGCGUCGUCUCGUCGACUUCCCCCAACAGGAAACACUUCUUCUGGGCCUGGUCUGGUGAUAUCAUCGUCUCGUAAAGGGCCCCCUUUCUCGAACUGACUCAAACGGCUACCCCACACCCGUGUCACGUCAGUUUGGCGGGCAGUCUAGAUUAGAUUCACAGGCAAAUGGUCGCCGUACCCAAGGCGAGAACAAACGCGGUACGUCUACGUUUAUCCGGAGAGCAGUGAUCAGAAGGCGACCGCCAUGGCUCGCUCUUCUUUCAUGGCUGGGCUAGGAUCAAUGCGGGCCAGGGUAUAGCGUGCACUAUCUUCCUCUGGCCCGAAGCUCGCGACCUUACAUAUGGCUGGAGACAUUGUGCUGCAGCCGCUAUCGUGCGCAAUCUUAAAGAGGAUGAGCCUGGUUCAACGUCACAGGUCUCGACCUGCGAGUCGUCCCUCGAGAAACAACACCGGCUUCAUUUCCACCUUGAGCAGCUAUUAACAAAUGCUACUGUCACAUGCAAGAUGUAUGUUACAUGUCCGCAUGCCCGUGAUUCCAGCUGUUUCGCUAUACAAACCACCUCAAAAAAAAACGAGAUGGGUGUCUGCCAAUGAUCGAGGAUGACCGGGCCGCGUGGUGGUCGCACACAUGUGACGCCAGCUUGUGCGCGAGUGAGAAGAAUACAUCAUCGCCGUCAGCAGCUAGUAGCUUCUCGCCAACAAAAAAAAAAUUCUUGGGGGCUAAUCGUAUGGACUCGACACAGCCUUUGGUCUCUGUCCCUUUAGUUUUGGGACGGCUUCCUAUUAUUCUCUCCUCACCUUGCCAUGCCAAGUUCUAUCCGCCAAUUUGCUGGGCUGCAGCAAGCAUCCGAUCGAUUUCGCAUCGGCGGAGACUAGGGAAUUCAGGAACACGUUUUGGUUCUCGCUCUUUGCAGGCGCCUCUUUUUUCUUCUACCCCACACAUUCCGCACCGAGGAUCUAGGGUGGCGCACGCCAAUGGUUGUCAUUGCAGGACCCUUUUUCCUCACGGCCUCUGCUCCGUGUGAGAUCUUGCCAAACCCAUCAUCCUUCAAGCCGUGAAAUCAGAACCGAUCUCUAGCGUCAGGCUGCUGUCUCUCUCUCGCUCUCUCCCCCCUCUGAUUAUCCCCGCACGCAGUCGAGGCCCAGCUGGACGAGCUGCUACACCCGCGCUAUCUAGUUCGGACUGCUCUGCUCCGCUAGUCUGUGCCCGGUAUUAGGUCCGAGGCGCAACCAAGAACAAUAAUUGAGAACGAUGACGGAACGGAUCUGGCAGCGUGCGGGCGCCGCUCCCUUUUUUAAAAGCCACGUCCGACCGUAACCCGCCUCGUUACGGGGCCCGCCGGCAUCGUCUGCUACCACCACUGAACGGCCGUAUCCGCAGCCAGACUCUUCGCCCACGUGAGGAAGAGAGAGAGAGACAGCGCGGCCUUCUGUCCGGCGGGCUCAUGGAUGUAACUUUGGGCAAACCAUACAACAGAAACGAUCAUACCUAAAGCACUUUUGUUGGGCAUCAUCUAAGCAAAUUACCGCCUCGACAACGGGCGGUCAAGUCCCCAAAAGAGAAG